UAGAAAAAGAGAUGUCUCCUUAUCUAUCUCUAUUUCCAAUAUUGAAUGAAUAAAAAGCUUUGGUCUUGCAAGUAUUUCUGUUUGGUUUCUUCCUACUUUCUCUCUCCUCUAUCAAAACCACUCCACUGUUUUUCCUCUUGCCGUCCAGUUGGUGAUACAGAUCUCCGGCAAUGACGCAGCUUUCCGGCAACUCUGAUUCACAACAAGUAUAUAUAAUUCCAGGAAAAUAAUUUCAUGGAAUGGGUAGAAAAUGAAGACAGAUUCCCAGUAAAAGGUCUGAUUUUUCCCUGUAAUUUACCAUCUGCAGAGGAAAUCAGGCCUUCUUGAGCAACUUAAGAAGGAACCAUAGCUUUGCUGUGUUCAAAAAUCAUGGGAAAGAAGAAGACUGAAUUCUCACCUGUUUCCAUUGAAGAAAUGGAUUUCCAAGAAGAACCCUCAAUUCCAGAAGAGAAACGUUUCCAGAUUCGGGCUCCAAUAACCCCAGAUAAGCCCAACUUGCCAAAACAACAUCCGAUCUACGCAGACAGACGAGAAAAUCAGCUAGGAAAUGGGAAUUGGUUUCCACCAGAGAGAUUCUCACCUGGGUUUCCACAGCAGACUCAAUUCCAUGGCUUAGAAGCAUGUUCUGAUCCAUCAAAUUCCAGGGGAGGGAAUUUUGAGAAUUUGACCUGGAAAUCACAAGGUGGGGCCGGAAUUUCCAGUGACCUCUCCAUGGACUCUUUCAGAAGUCUCAUUGCCCUAGCAGAUGCCGCUGCUACAUCGACCCGAUCUGCUGCGAAUGGAACUAGGCAGGGGAAUUCUAAUCAUUUUAUAACUAUUUUCAACACUCCAUUUGAAGGGGAUCGGACUGACUCGAAUUUCACAGCCUCGCCUCUUGCAAAGCAAGAUUUCUCAUUUGCACCAAACCUGUGGAACAAGAGCAGUUAUGCACCAGAUACAUAUCUAUAUGGAAAUCCUCAUCCUUCCCGACGCACAUAUGAUCUCAACUCGCCACCGAGCGCAUUUACAGAUGAAUUCUCGAGCCAGAACAUCUCCACUCCAUAUGCACCCAUAACACCAGACCAGUCCAAGAAAGCAGAAAACAAGCUGGCUCAUAAUGUCCUCCCUUCAAGCAUGGAUGAAGAAGCCCAUCAGGAAAAGAAUAGGCAGGUGAAUGAAGAUGCAACUCCGAGGGUUGAAGUCAACCAUGAUAAAUUACAGCGACAACUAACAAUAGAUUCAUCAAGUACUGCUGUUUUGACAGAAUUGCAAGAGAAUCACAACCCUGACAAGGGAAGCAACACUGACAUUGACCUGAACAUAACCCCACAACAGAAACCAAGAAGAAAAAAGCACAGGCCCAAAGUUGUUGUAGAAGGCAAGCCCAAAAGAACUCCAGCAAAACUGCCGGGAGGCCCAAAGGAAAGCACAUCGGGUAAGAGGAAGUAUGUGCGAAGAAAUCAGCUUGAUAAUAGCCCCAACACCCCCACAGCAGAAGUAACAGGUGGAAGAACUGAUCCCAAGACAGCACCACAGCCUACAGAAAAAUCCGUCAGGAGGUCAUUAAAUUUUGACUUAGAACCAAGCCAAGUAAGAGAAGAAAGCUCUACAUGCAGGCCAGAGGCUAAUGAGAAUGCAGAAUCACAAGCACAAAAUUUUUGUACCAGACUUGGUCAAGGGAUGGAGGAAAAUGUUGAGAAGACACAAGUGGGUGUUGCUUAUAGACUAACACGUUCAGUGAGCAAAAUGCUAGAAGAUUACCUUUCCCUGCCGACCGUUGUAAAAACCGAUCCACCACUGGAAAAAAUGAAUGAUGAUGCCCAAAAAGAAAGCGCAAGAGGAAAGUGCCAGAUAAUUUUCUCCAACGAGACACAUGAUAAACAGGCAAUCACUAUGCAAAUGCAACUGCCAAUUAAUACUGACCUUCCGUCAGCUCCAAGGAGUCCAAACAAUUCCAAUUGCAGCAGCAGCAGUCCAUGUUUGACAGAGGAAGAAAGAGCAAGGGGGUUAAAGAGGGGACAUUGGUGCACAACUAAUGCAGCUGAAAACAUCCGCACAAAUAUGAUUGGAGGCCAUUACAGUUCUUUGCACGAAUUUGCAGCCAUGUUUCCAGCAAAUGCAUGCAACAAUCAUGGAAUUCCAGGCAUGCUUUUUCCUGCAAUUUACAAGAAGAAAAGAACUGAGAAAGGGCACUGUACACCAACAUCAAGCACGUUGCCAACAGCUGGGCCCAAUAGCAGGUUUGCUGCUGCUCAAUUCAACCUUAGCAGCAUCUCAAGCAAAAAUACAUCAUCUGUUGAUGCUAAGGGCAAUAACACUAGCAGCAUCUCUACCAAAAGUACAUCAUGUAUUGAUGCCCAGGGCAAGCAACAAGGUUUUGAGUGUAAAUUGGCUUUGGACCAGAAAGGGAGGAUGACAAAGAAGAGAUCAAAAGGCCCUACUAGGGUACGGGACUUUGCGUCACUGAUUGGAAUCAUAGGGUGCAAUCAAUUUCCAACUUUUCCUGCCCAAGGAGCACCCAUAACUGGUGAUAUGCAGACGUAUACAACUUCACACAACCCUUACACAUGCAUGGAAGCACUGGUUGCAGACUCUCAUGCAACAACUACAAAGAAGCGGACAAAAAGAAACUCCUUCCCAACUGAUGCAACACAGAAGAGAUUGCCCACUAUGGAUACAAUGGUUGAGUAUUUACGUGGUCUAGACAUCAAUAGAGAAAGCAUCCCAGUCACAUAUCAAGAGCAGGGUCAACUUGUACCUUAUAACUUCCGAUACGAAGAGCAACGUGCACUUGUUCCAUAUAACUUCCGAUAUGCAGGAAAAGAUGCACUUGUUCUUUAUCGAAGGGAUGGAACUGUUGUCCCUUUUGAAGGUACAUUUAAUCCAGUCAGGAAACGAAAACCUCGGCCCAAAGUUGACCUUGAUGAUGAGACGAAUAAAGUAUGGAAGCUUCUUUUGGAGAGUAUAAACAGUGAAGGUAUUGAUGGGACGGAUGAGGAGAAAGCAAAAUGGUGGGAAGAAGAACGGCGAGUGUUCCGAGGACGGGCAGAUUCGUUUAUUGCACGGAUGCAUCUCGUCCAAGGAGAUAGACGCUUCUCCCCAUGGAAAGGAUCAGUUGUGGACUCAGUGAUUGGAGUUUUCCUCACUCAAAAUGUCUCAGACCAUCUUUCUAGUUCUGCCUUCAUGUCUCUUGCUGCGCGAUUUCCCCCAAAGUCUGAGAGCAAUGACACUCCGUAUUUUGAAGAGACAAGUACAUGUGUUAAUGAACCAGAAGUAUGCGUACUGGAUUUGGAGGAUACCAACAAAUGGCUUGACGAGAAGUCAAAUCAGCGAGCCUGCCAAGGCAGUUCUCUUGCAUUUCAUGACAAGGACUGUAGUAUGGAAAAAAGAGUUACCUACCAAACUGAAUUACUUGGAAGCAGCAGCGGUGAUACUUCUGGAAAGGGUCAAGGGAUUUACAAGAAAUGUGUGGAAAUUUUCAUGGGAGAUAAAAGAGAGACGGAUGAUUUAUUCUCUUCUCAGAAUUCUGCUGGCUCCUCUCGAAACUCUCCAGACUCAUCAGUAGCCCAGACAACUGAAAUAAUAGGACCAUCCUUGAAGGAAAACUCAGAAGGAGAUCUAGAAACGAGGUCAAACCCCGAGAGUCUUGUUGGCUCUUCAUUUCUGGAGCUAUUACAGAGAGAAACCUUACGUGGACUUGACGCUCACAAAACUGGAAAUUCAUCAUCUUGCAAAGAAAUUGGGUACACCAGCAUGGAAGGUACAGAAUUUCCCGCACAGAAUCUGAACAAGGAGAGAUCAGAUAAUCCUAACACCUCCAUUAAACCCAUCAUCUCUUCCAGUAUCGACCAUUUACAAAUGGUCUCCGACGCAGGUGCACUGGAAACUGAAACCUUAGGGACGUUGACAGAAGAAAGCCCAUUUUCAUCUGUAAGAAACGAAGAAAAUUGUGUAAGCGAACAAAGUGGAGCAACAGCAGAAUCUGUAAACCAGGCUACUGUUCAAAAUAACAUGUCAGUGAGUUUCCAAGAAGCACAGAAAUCUCCAAGUGAAGACAAUCAUGCUUGGAGCAGCCUUGAAGAGGAGUUUUAUAAGGCAUUCCCAUUUCACAACAGACCGGUUGGGAAUCCGAAGGACAACAUUCAAUCACAGGCUCAAGAGAAAAAUCAUAGAAUGCAUCAAGCACUGGAGGCCCAAAACCUUUCGAGAGAUACCUUGGAUAUCACAGAUAGCACCAGUAUAGUUAACAACCCAAAAAGCACUGAGCAUAAUGCAGUUGAGUCAAGAUUGAAAGACCAUGGAUAUCUUCCUGGGAAGGCAAUUAAUGGGAUAAGCUCUGAUCCUUCUAGAGUGAAGCGGGGAAGGAUUGGAAAGCAGAAACAGAACUCAGUCGAGUGGGAUAGCUUAAGAUUGCAGGCACAAGCGAAAGGGAAAAAAGAUAGAACACCAAACACAAUGGACUCACUGGACUAUGAAGCAGUACGGUGUGCAGAUGUUAACGAGAUUGCUUACACUAUCAGAGAAAGGGGAAUGAACAACAUGCUAGCAGAGAGAAUGAAGGAUUUCCUGAACCGGCUGGUUAGAGAACAUGGAAGCAUUGAUCUCGAAUGGUUAAGGGAUGUUCCACCUGACAAGGCCAAAGAAUAUCUAUUGAGCUUUAGAGGGCUGGGCUUGAAAAGUGUGGAGUGCGUGCGGCUUCUGACUCUCCACCAUCUUGCUUUUCCAGUUGACACGAAUGUUGGACGUAUAGCUGUCAGACUAGGAUGGGUACCCCUUCAGCCGCUGCCCGAGUCGCUGCAGUUGCACCUUUUAGAACUGUACCCGGUCUUGGAAUCAAUUCAGAGAUAUCUCUGGCCACGACUCUGCAAACUUGACCAAAGAACACUAUACGAGUUACAUUACCAGAUGAUAACAUUUGGAAAGGUUUUCUGUACAAAAAGCAAACCAAAUUGCAAUGCAUGUCCAAUGAGAGGAGAAUGCCGGCAUUUUGCAAGCGCAUUUGCAAGUGCAAGGCUCGCCCUCCCGGGGCCAGAAGAGAAAAGUAUGGUGGCUGCAUCGGAAAGCGUAGGAGCUAAUCAGCACCCGGUGGAUGGUAUCAAACCAUUGCAGCUUCCUCUACUCCAGGCUAGUGAACAACUGCAAGCACAAUCUCAAAUCAACCAUUAUGAGCCUAUUGUUGAAGUGCCAACAACACCAGAACCUACUGUUGAAAUGCCAGCGUCACCAGAGCCUGAACCACAAGACAUCGAAGACUUAUUCUGUGAAGAUCCUGAGGAAAUUCCUACUAUCAAACUCAACAUUGAAGAGUUGACUCAAAAUUUGCAAAACUACAUGCAACAGAACAUGGAACUUCAGGAGGGCGAAAUGUCAAAGGCUUUAAUAGCUUUAACUCCAGAAGCUGCUUCACUCCCCAUGCCUAAACUUAAAAAUGUGAGCCGGUUAAGAACAGAACACCGAGUCUAUGAGCUCCCAGAUUCACAUCCUCUACUGGAAGGAUUAGACAAACGGGAACCUGAUGAUCCAUGCUCAUAUCUUCUUGCUAUAUGGACACCUGGCGAAACUCCAAAUUCAAUUCAACCACCAGAAAGGAGUUGCAGCUCCCAAGAAUUUGGCGAUCUAUGUUCUGAGGAUACAUGCUUUUCAUGCAGUAGCAUUCGAGAAGCAAACUCCCAAACUGUUCGGGGAACCCUCCUGAUACCAUGUCGAACAGCUAUGAGAGGAAGCUUUCCACUCAAUGGUACAUAUUUUCAAGUUAAUGAGGUAUUUGCUGACCAUGAAUCUAGCAUUAACCCUAUUGACGUUCCAAGGGCGUGGCUUUGGAAUUUGCCAAGACGCACAGUGUUCUUUGGAACCUCCAUACCAACAAUAUUUAAAGGUCUAUCAACGGAAAGUAUUCAAUUCUGCUUUUGGAGAGGUUUUGUCUGUGUAAGGGGAUUCGACCAAAAGACGAGGGCACCCCGUCCUCUCAUGGCGAGACUCCACUUUCCAGCUAGCAAAUUAGCAAAGACAAAAGGUAAGACUUAUGACGGGCAAGAAUAAUGCAACACCAGAUUGAAAAUGCCAAAAGAACAAUGCAGAAAUGGCAGCACCAGACUAACAUUUAGUGGCAUGAGGCUAAACAAGAGUGACUUUGUUGAUGAGAGAGUUAGUUGUUUUGUUGCAGGAUGAAUGGCAUGUAGUUUAUAUAUAUUAGCAUAAUUGUAGUUAUUUAUUCCAUGCUCAAGGUUGAGCCAUUCUUCAAUAAUCAGGAAAGUAACACCAAAACAAA